AUGGACAAGGAGCGCGGCGGCACAGUGGAGUCCCCUAGCGGCCGGGGGCUCCCCCAAAGAGGGGGUUCUGUGGGUACAACACCCAGCUCCCUGACACCCAGACCCAGGAGCAGCCUUCGCAGAACUCCUCUGGGAAUUAGAGGAAGAUGCAACAGCGGAUUUAAGUCACCGGUUCAGUCUCCAAGUGUCAGCAGAACGCCCGCAGCUCCUGAAAAAACCCUGCAAAGAGAUAUAUCAGAACUGAAGCAGAAGGAAGCCUCCUUAGAUCAGGAAAUAGAGCAGCUAGAAGCCGAUGGCUGCUGUAUAGAAGAACUGGACCGGCACAUCUCCCUUCUUCAUGAAUACAAUGAGUUAAAGGAUACAGGACAGAUGCUGUUAGGCCAACUAGCUGUUCUUCGAGGAGUCACCACCAAAGAUCUCUACGCAGAAUUUGGUCUAGACUUGGAUGAUUGAGGAGGACAGAUGAUGAAUUUCAUCUUUACCCCAGUUCACUGUUGUAGUGAAGCCUCCUGAAUGAGGACUGUACGUACUAUCUAUGCCAAAGGUUUUUCAUGCCCAUGUAAACAGAUUGCCCUUUUAUCAGAGCAGCUCCCAUCAAUUUCAAAAAUGGGUGUGCCUGUAGUAUUCAAAAAUAGUACUGACGCAAACAGCCAUGGUUAUGCAACAUCCUAGCCAAGUUUCAUUUAGUUGAAUUUAAUGCAUCCUUACGGUACUUUCACACUUGCGUUAAACUUUUCCGGCAUUGAGUUCCAUCCUAAGGGCUCAAUACCGGGAAAAAACUGAUCAGUUUUAUCCUAAUGCAUUUUGAAUGGAGAGCAUUCCGUUCAGUA